UGACCAUGCUGUCAGACAUUCACUGAAGACUGUAACCACCCUAACCCUGACCCUGACCAAAAUCAUGGCUGUUGCAGCAGUGCGAGCUGUUGCGACGACACUUCGAAGAAGUUCUGGCUUCCUUGGAGGCUCUAGAUCCGUGUCAACGAGUGGCGCCUUGCAGCAGAAGUUUAAUGUACCCCCAAGCGGGAACGACUUGCCGAGGCCUGGCGGUAUCGCCUCCAUGAUGCGUUUACCAGUUCAGAACGACACCCAAGGUCUGGACGCCUGCUUUGUUGGGAUUCCACUGGACAUUGGUACGUCCAACCGGUCAGGAACCAGAUUCGGACCAAGGCAGAUUCGUACAGAGUCGGUCAUGCUCAGACCAUACAAUAACUGGACAGGUGCUGCACCAUUUGACUCCCUCCAAGUUGCAGAUAUCGGAGACGUCUUUAUCAACAUGUAUGACUUGAAGGAUGCUGUGAAGAAGAUCCGAGAGGCCUACUCUAAGAUCGUGGCCAAUGGGUGCAAGCCUCUUACUCUGGGGGGUGACCACACUCUAACCUAUCCCAUCUUACAAGCAAUCAAGACGAAGUAUGGUCCUGUUGGCUUAGUUCAUGUUGAUGCCCACGCUGACACCAGCGACAAGCAGCUCGGAGAAAAGAUCUCCCACGGGACGCCCUUCCGCAGGGCGGUGGAGGAGGGCCUCCUAGACUGCCAACGAGUUUUACAGAUAGGGCUGAGAGGCACGGGGUAUUCCAGUGAUGAUUAUGGGUGGAGCAGGCAACAGGGUUUCCGAGUGGUCCAGGCAGAAGAGAUCUGGUACAAGUCUCUGGCACCACUGAUGGAGGAGGUACGUGCACAGAUGGGGGAUGGUCCGGUCUAUCUGAGCUUUGACAUCGAUGCCCUGGACCCGGCGUACGCGCCAGGGACGGGAACCCCGGAGAUAGGGGGACUGACGUCGCAUCAGGGCUUAGAAAUCAUCAGGGGAUGUCGUGGGCUCAACUUGGUGGGAGGGGACUUGGUUGAGGUCUCUCCAGCCUAUGACCCAUCCGGUAACACCGCCCUGACUGCAGCGAACCUGUUGUUUGAGAUGCUGUGUGUCUUGCCUGGGGUGCAGUACAGACGUGGCUGAAUGGAUGCUGUGUAGUUGUUUUUUUAAUGCUACAUGACUCAUGAGUCAAAUGUCACAUGUUAUGGACAUGACAAAAAACGGUCUUGUGUCAGUCUUGCAUUGGAAGCAAAUGUAACUGAAAAAGGGUAACAGGAAAAGGUUGUUAUAAUUUUUAUAAUAAAAGACCCAUUAAUGUUUUUGUUGUAAGCACUUCUGCUCCAAAACAUAUUGUUUGUGAAGUACUUAGUACUAAGACUGUUAAAACUGUGCUGGGGGUGGCCAAUAAUUGAUUGGUUGACAGUGAAAUCAUGAGAGAAAUUUCUCUCAUCUGCUAUCAAGGGUACUGAUGAGUUGGAAUAUAACAGUCACUUAUUCUGCUACAGUUUAUGUAAUGUGGGUAGUGCCUAAUAUGUUUAGUUUAGAAUGUAACUUCAGAUAUAGGAAAGGAGCCUGCCAUGGAACAAUUGAUAGCAAUCCCACUUAUGAGUAGCAAGGGUCAAGGAUAUAACAAGUAUGUAAUUAAUGUCAUAGAUUGACACAAGUACCCAUUAUACACAAGUAGUAUAAAACUCGUAUCACGCAAGAGAUAUU